GAGCUUUGUCCGCUCGGGGUUGAAUUACACCAACCCCCCAAAAAAAACCCACAAAAAAGGGAUUAUUUGGGAGGCGGAGGUGGGUGCGGGGCCGGCCCGGCCGAUGAGAGAUAUUUGACUUUUUGAUAUUUUUUUCUCUUUUUUUGCCUCGCCGGGGAGGGGGCAGACGAGGAGCCGAGCCCCGGAGCAGGAGUUGGGUGUUGGGGAGACGCUGCCAAGCUUCGAGCGGAGCGUUUGAAAGCGAAUCUGCUUUUUUGGGUUUUUUUUUUUGGUUUUUCCUUGUUUUUUUUUUUCACCUCCCCUCCCCCUCUGGCCCCUCUGCGGAGGGAUGUGUGCGACCAGCGAGUGGCAACGCAAAUGUCUUGAUUUUUUGGAUGUUCCUCGCCACUUUUUGAAAGGGACAAAGUGAAAAAAAAAACCCAAAAAAAUAUCACAAAAAUGUUUUUAACCUGCGAGGGCGCUUUGGGGAUCGUUCCGUCUCCCACGGACCACAACGUGCAAACCCGGCCGGGCCAUUUCCACGCCGGCUACCAACAAAUCCAAGGCAUCAAUUUGGGUUAUUUACAAAUCGGCGGCACCCAAAUGUUCGCGCUGGCCCAGGUGCUCAGCGACCUUUUCGAGGACAUCCCCAGGACCACCAUCAGCCAGAAAAUGGGAAUUUUAAACAUCCACAGCCGCCGCUGCGACCCGGCCCAGCUGCGGACCCUCAAAGCCAUCAACUCCGUGCCCACCCGCGCCGCGAAGUGUUCGCUCAUCUCCAAGGCGGACCUCGAGGCGCUCUGCACCUCCUGCCGGAGCCUCCGCCGGAGGAAGAGGAGGAGGAGGAAGAGCAGGAGGAGGCAGCAGCUGCUCCUGCCCUCCUCCGCGGCCGCCUUGCCCUGCCGAGCCAGCGCUUGUUGCGCUCCCCCCGGCCCGCAGCAGCCGCAGCCGGUCCGCGGGGGGAUUUUUGGGGGUGUCCCCGCCGGUUCUCCCCGGUAUUUAGCGCUGCUGCACCCCGCGGUGCCCUGCGCGCUGCCGGCCGCGCUCGGGACCGCGGGCCGGGGGCGGAGGGCUCCGGGCUGGCCCGGGGGGCUCGUCCCGGGCGGAGCGGGGCCGGUGGGCGGCAGGAAGGCUCGCUGCCGCAGUCUCCCCGUUCCCAAGCGCCACGGAACGUCCGCCGGCUACUCCAGCGAUUCGGAUUCCAGCUUGGACCUCGCCGCCUCCAGCGCCGCCACCUCCAGCGACUCCUCGGAGGAGGAGGAGGAGGACGAGGAGGAGGAGGAGGAGGAGGAUGAGGAGGAGGAGGAAGGGGACAGCUCGUGCAGCAGCGAGGAGGGCAGCUCCUCGGAGUCGGAGAGCAGCGGGGACUCGGUGCAGAGCACUCGGUACCGACAAGCGGCCCUGCCCCGUUCCCAGCCGCUGCGGGAAGCGCUCGGGGAGGAGCGGCCGGCGGAGCCGCCCCCGGGCAAAGCGCUGCGCCCCGAGCCCGAGCUCCUCUUCCUCUCGCAGCACCUCUGGGCCCGCACCCUGCGAGCCUCAACUUUGGCAAGUUUGAGCGCGGCCGCAGCGCCGGGGGCUCCACCGGGGCUCGACGGCAGGCACGAAGCCUCCCCUGCUUCCUCCUCCUCCUCCUCCUCCUCCUCCUCCUCCUCCUCCUCCUCCUCCUCCUCGCCCCCUCCCUCCCCGAGCCGCAGCAGCCCCGCGGGGGCCCCGCCACAAAAGCAGCGCGGCUUUGCGGAGGCCGGAGGGAAGGAUUUGCACAAAGAUGCCCCGAACAAAAGCUGCCGGGCCGAGCGGCCCCGCGGAGCCUCCCCGGGGCCGGCGCUUUGCCCCGAAGCGGCCCCGGAGCCGCGGGCGAGCCCCGCUGCCCUCGGCGAGCCCCGACCGGAGCAUUUCGACCGCUUGAUCCGCCAGUCCAAGCUGUGGUGCUACGCCAAAGGAUUCAACGCGGACGGGAAAGGUUUGAGGCACGGCCCGGGCAGCCCGGAGCUCUGGAGGGGAGCGGAGCUGCGCUUCCAGCCCGGUGCAACGGGAACCGAGAGCCCCGCGGCGCUGCGAGGUCGCCAGGAUGGCAACUCCAAGCGGCGGCGACUCGCCAGGGUCACCGAAAGGCAGCGAGGCUCCUCCAAAACCGGACCGCCGAAAAAUCCCAGGAGGAAUUCCAGGAAGGGAAACGAAGCGAAGCCGCGGAAUUCCUUCAGCCUGAUGGGCAACUUCCCCUGCACGCCCUCGCUGGUGGUGGGCGAGGACGGCGAUUUGUGCCCGGCCUCGUCGCUGGGUGGCAAAAAGUCCUGGGCGCUGGCCAAGACGCACCCGCUGUGGCGGUGGCACCUGGGGGGCAGCGCCGUCCCCGCGCCCCCCAGCCCCAAAUGCCGCGCGGGGGUCGCGGAGGGUCCCUGA